AUGCAGCGGCUCAUGCAAGGAAAUGAAGCCAUAAAGAAGACAAACCAACAACACGGGGCGCAGGCCUGUCAGGGGCUUUCCGGAGCAUGCGCAAACGCGGGCCUGGGCGGUGCUUCCGGGAGCUUGAACGAAGCGGCGCCCGCGCGGGGCGUGGCCUGCUACUGCGCGCCGGCGCCCCAGUCCCGCUCCUCCGUGGCCGCAAUCCCGGAAGUGCGGCGACUGGACAGUAAGUUAAGUCCGGGCGUGUCACCGCCUGGCUGGGCGUGGGCCGCGCGCACCGGUUCCCCGCACGUGGCUCGGCACGUGGCUGAGCUCCUGGCCCCCGGCGCCCUGGAGCCGCCGGCCUCGGUCUCUGAGGCGGUGUCAUCCCUGACCGUCGUCGAUGCGUUUAUCGCUGCCGGCGAGAGCCCUGCCCCGCCGCCCCUCACGCUCCCUACCAGGUUCAUCUGCUCCUUUCCCGACUGCAACGCCAGUUACAACAAGGCCUGGAAGCUAGACGCGCACCUCUGCAAGCACACAGGGGAGAGACCUUUUGUUUGUGACCACGAGGGGUGUGGCAAAGCGUUUGUCAGAGACUACCACCUGAGCCGCCAUGCCCUGAUUCACACCGGAGAGAAGCCCUUUGUUUGUGCUGCUAGUGGCUGUGAUCAAAAAUUCAACACAAAAUCAAACUUGAAGAAACAUUUUGAACGCAAACAUGAAAAUCAGCAAAAACAAUAUGUAUGCUGUUUUGAAGGUUGUAAGAAGACCUUUAAGAAACAUCAGCAGCUGAAAAUCCAUCAGUGCCAGCAUACCAAUGAACCACUAUUCAAGUGCACCCACGAAGGCUGUGGAAGACACUUUGCUUCACCCAGCAGGCUGAAACGGCAUGCGAAGGUCCAUGAUGGAUAUAUAUGUCAAAAAGGAUGUUCCUUUGUGGCAAAAACAUGGACAGAACUUCUGAAACAUGUAAGAGAAGCCCAUAAAGAGGAAACAAUAUGUGAAGUGUGCCAGAAAACAUUUAAGCGCAAAGAUUACCUGAAGCAGCAUAUGAAAACUCACGCCCCAGAAAGGGAUGUGUGUCGGUGUCCCAGAGAAGGCUGUGGCAGAACCUACACCACCCUGUUCAAUCUCCAGAGCCACAUUCUCUCUUUCCAUGAGGAGAGGCGCCCGUUUGUGUGUGAGCAUGCUGGCUGUGGCAAAACCUUUGCAAUGAAACAGAGUCUCAGUAGGCAUGCCAUCGUGCAUGACCCCGACAGGAAGAAAAUGAAGCUCAAAGUGAAACGAGCUCGUGAAAAGCGGAGUUUGGCCUCUCACCUCAGUGGCUAUAUCCCUCCUAAAAGGAAACAAGAACAGGGCAUAUCUCUGCGGACAACCUGCGAGUCGCUGAGCUGCGCUGAGGACAACGUGCUCUCCACAGUUGCAGCGCUUGCUCUCAGCUAAGCAUCCAGUUGCUUUUUUUAUAGGACUAUAGACCAGCCAGCUCAGCUACAGGCUGACUUCAGAGACAUUGGGGGUGGGUUCCAGACCACCGCAGUAAAGUGAAUAUGCAGUAAAGUGAGUUGUAAUGCUUUUUCUGGUGGAGGGUCUUGCCUUUAAUUUGUAGAAAACCCUGCAACCUCUGUGAAGCACAGUGACGCGCAAUAAAAGGAGGUAUGUCUGCCUUUU